GGCUUAUGCUUCUUGUUUUCCUUAUGCUUCUACAGAACUACUUCAGAUUAUCACCGGGAUUUUGCUUCUCUGAUGGACUGGCUUCAUUAGCUCUUCUAAGGCAAGGGAUGAAAGACAAAUCCAGUCACGGGGUUUUAGAUUGGAAUGUGACUGGAGCAUCAAUCUGUUAUCUAGGUCUUGAGAGUAUCUUCUACUUCCUUGUGACACUUGGUCUUGAGCUCUUGCCUGUUCAAAAGAUAAUGUCUAUCUCCAUAAGCGAUUGGUGGCAGAACUCUAAAGUUCUCAAGCACAGUGCUGGGGGGUCUGGUCAUUUAGAGCCACUUCUCAAGGAUUCACCAGAUGGAGUUUUACUCGAUAUUGAGGAUGAUGUAGAUGUGCAAAAUGAAAGAGCCAGGGUGCUCUCAGGUUCUACUGACAAUGCCAUAUGCUACUUACGAAACUUACGGAAGGUAUUGUAGUAUGGUCCGUUUUUUCUCAAAUGUGUUAAC